AUGGACAGACAAACUGAUAGCCAAUGCGAGCAAACCAUAACCAAGGGAUGCACACAUCGGACCAACUUUACAAACCAGGAGUUGGAUAGAGUCAGGGAUUGGAUUCAACGCAAAUAUAUGACCGAAGCUUUUAUUAAGCCAAACAUUACUCCCUGUCGUCGACUAUAUGUCCGCAAAGACUUCAAAUGUAUGACCGAAGGGGAAAGGAUGGCAUUCAUACGGGCCGUACGGCAGGUAUACCUGAAUGGUGUGAUGGAUAGGUUGGCGGACAUACAUGUGGGCUAUUGGGGGGCAAUACAUAAAACGGCUGAAUUGAUACCUUCUCAUAGAGUAUUGCUAAAUGAAUUGGAAAAGGAGUUAAUGAAAGUGGACCCCAGCGUUACGCUUCCCUAUUGGGUUUAG